AAAUGCGGCAAGUUUUCUUAAUUUUAAACAAACUAAACGUCAAUAUGAAUGUUUUAGGAGAAAACAUAUACAAUUAUGUAUUUAUUUCAAAUCAGGAUUGUGAAAACGAAAACGUUUACAAAUUAUGUUUAAACAAAAUAAAAACUAAAGAAACCGUAUUGUUGAUGACACGGGAUAAACACAAUAUUCUGACCUUGGUGAAGGACUUGAAAAUAUCAAAAAAGGAUUUGCAAUAUUUAAUAAUAAUGUAUUUUAAGAGUAUCACUGAAAUUACACAUAAACUGCUUGAGUUACAUGAUUGGGUGUAUGUACCCACUUUGGUGGUUGUCGAUUUUUGCCCAUUCAUUGCAUCACACAAAGAAAUCAGUAUAUCGCAUGAAAACGCAGAAAAGAGUGGAAAAAGAUCAUUAUUGGAAAAGAUCUAUUUUUGUAUAGCUACUCUUUUUAAUUACAUGGAGUCAGUGCAGCGAAGGCAGAAUAAAUCAAACCAAGAUAAAAUGUUGAAUCGCGUGAAUAUAUAUAGUUUUGUUUUACUAAUAGAGCAGCAAGAAUUUCUAACGCGGGCUCAACUAGAUUUGAUCAUCAGCUUGUAUUUUUAUAAAAAUCAACACCACAACGAUUUUGAUGCAAUUCAAAAAAGCAUUCUUAGCAAUGAAAUUUCAUGUGAAUUGGAAUAAGUCGAGUACAUGUUGAACAAUUUACUGUCCUACAUAAUUUUUUUGUUUAGAAAUUAUUUUGUGUGGGCGUUCAGUAUGAGUUUAAGCUCCUUGUGAAGUGUCUCUAAGUACUGGACUGUGGAAGCCCGUGUGUAAUUAGGAACGAAGGAUGAGGGAGAAAAUGUUGCUAUUACUACAAAUACCGUGUAAUCAAAAGAUUUGAGAUAUUGGCUUAAAAGUGUAUUCAGCUUGAAAUAUUACGCAGAGUGGUUACAGCUUUUUAUGAGAUGCAUACGAUUCUCUCCCAAUCCCACAAGUAUAAAAUACUUUCCUUUCAGUAAUAAAAAUUUAUUUCUAAAUGUCAAAC